AUGACCGGAUACAGCUUCAAAAAAUAUCGAGGAAUCGCGAACGGAAUUGUUGUCUCUGGAUGUGGAGUUGGCAUGCUCGGAAGUGGUCCCCUUAGCCAAUACUUUAUUGAUAAAUAUGGUUUACGAGGUGGCUUCCUGAUGAUGGGCGCCGUUGCAAGUCACUUGGUUGUGUGUGCAGCAUUGAUAAGGCCUUCUGGAACGGAAGUAUGGCACAAACAAAUGAGACAGGAAGCAGAGGACUCUUCCAAAAAAUGCGUUCAGAUGCGGAGUAUUCUAGACUCUUCCUUGUAUAAAAACUAUGCUUUCCUGCUCAUCCUUAUAGCGGGAUUUGCAUGGAAUGCCGCAUACGCUAUUGUCCUCAUUCAUCUCCCAAGCUUUUCAGUGGUCAAAGGAGCAGCUAAAGAAGAGGCUGCCAUGUUGCUUUUUGUCAUCGGUAUCGGUAGCUCGGUGAGUCGUAUUGUGGGUGGACUAACUGCUAGUACUGAUUCCGGAAUUGACCCAAUCUUACUGAAGCUUGGAGUUUUGGGGAUAACCGGAGUAUUCACCCUGAUGUUUCCGUUUUACUCCUACAAAUACUGGCAGCAAGUGGUCUUUGCCACUCUGUUUGGUAUAUACAGUGGGGGACUUAUAGCAUUUACUGUUCCAAUACUUAUUGAAAUAGUGGGCCUUUCCAAACUGUCUGCCUCUCUCGGAGCUCUCUACUUCCUUUCAGGGGUCGCCUGGUUCAUCGGACCGACUGUUGCAGGUGGGAUAAUAGAUAAAACUGGCAGCUAUGACAUGGUCUUCCACAUAGCAGGAGUAAUAUUUACACUGGGUUCGAUCAUGACUUUGCUGUCUACAAUAUGGCGUCCGAAAGAUGUAAACGUUGAUGAACAGGACAAAUUUGUGGCUUCCGUCCUAUCUAAAGGAUCCAAUUUCUUGACUGGAUCUAUGCUUCUUACGGGAUCAACAAACUUUAUGCUCGACUUCCGGUCAUCGUCCAUGAGCAUGCACCAAUCCUCCAAGUCACUUGGGCCCUAUAACUCGUACCGCUCUGUUCGGAUGCAAACAUCUAAUCGAUCUGUUAAUACACAGGACAAAGUGCCACUGAAAAUAUCAAAACUUGCUAUAAACAAUGGAGAGUCUGUUCCCUUAAAUAUCGAUAAUGUAGAUGAAACGUGA